GAUUGCGGUUGUGUCGUUUGCUUCUUUGAACAUGGAAUUGAUAUCGCUUGCUCCGCAACCAGUAGGAAGCGGAAACGCCGUUCGUUUGUAAAUGACGUGUAGCUGCCCGUAAGGUUUACUUUCACAUUUCGAUCACGAGCCGUGCCCCUGCCGAACGAUUCGUGCUGACCGUACAUUCAAAUCCGCCACGCUGACAGCCCUCAGCUGCGAUGGCGAAAACGGCGAAGUUCUUACGUAACGCUCCCCGGUGGUCCACACUAUUUCCGGUACUGCUGUACGUCCUCUUCAUUCUGUGUAUCCUGGUGCUGGCGUUUUCGUCUCGAGAAAGCGACCCAAAGCACAUGAAAAGCGAUCCUCUUGCCAAGACGGAUACGAAAAUCAACGUUCCUUCCCCACUGGUGUAUCGCAGACUGGAGCAAAGCGUUGUCAACGAGCUGACUGCCGCGUUUACCAAAGCCGACACUAAUGGCGACAAGCAAUUGGGGGUGCAGGAGUUGGCAAAGUAUAUCAAUUUAAAAAUACGCGAGCACAUCGACAAUGCCAUCCGCACCAAUCCAACCAUGUUCGUGGAGAUUGACCACAAACCACGCGACGGUCUCGUCAGCUGGGAUGAGUACGAGGGCUACUGGAUGCGAGAAAAGGGAAUCCAGGGCGAUAGUCACAUGAAGAAGAGUGCUUUCGAUAAGCUGGACCGCAAGGUAAAGGAGUCGAUUGCGCGCGACAAAGCCCUCUGGAUGGAAGCUGCAAGAACCGAUCCGCUUAGCUUGACAUUGGAUGAGUUCCUGUCCUUCCGGCAUCCAGAAUCAAGCACCGUAAAUUUGCUGAACCUGGUCGACGAUAUCCUGCGCCAGUUCGAUGUUGACGGGGACGAUCACCUGACGGUGGAGGAGUUUUCCGAUGUACAGACCACCGACUUGGGCGAAGGCAAGAAGUUCAUACUAUCGCAAAAUGUGCGCGAGCGGAGAGAGGAGUUUACGAAGGUGAUCGAUAAAAACAAGGAUGGCCGGGCGGACCGAGGAGAACUUUUAUCGUACGUCGAUCCACGGCAUCCACGCUACGCCAUACAGGAAGCGACGACGUUGUUCUCUCUUGCUGAUACUAAUAACGAUAAAAAGCUCACCUUGAAUGAGCUCUUUGCCAAAUCUGCAAUUUUUAUAUCAUCCAAAAUGAUCCACACCGCGGAAAGUUUCCAUGACGAGUUUUGAGUACUAACGCUAUAGUCGGGCAAUUAAAUGACAGAUGACCUAGCGCCAUCGAUU